UGUCAUAGGCUUGUCAUCCAUCAGUCAGAUAUUAUUUACAAAAAAAAGUCAACUCGUUUGCUUCUUCGCAAAUUAUUAGUGAAAAAUUAAAUUAUAAUGGCAGGAACAAGUAAAACGCAAAUAUUAUCUUUAUAUAAGGCGUUGAUGAGAGAAUCACAGAAGUUUCCCAACUACAAUUUCCGCUCUUACGCCCUGAGAAGGGUAAGAGAUGCAUUCAAAGAGAACCAGAGUGUUACAGACACAAAGACAAUCACCAAACAGAUAGAGUUUGCCAAAGACAAUUUAUCAAUGUUGAAACGACAGGUUAUCAUAGGGAACAUGUACAAGACGGAGAAACUUGUUAUAGAGAAUUUAGGAUAAACCGUGUGUUUGCUGAUCUCAACGGUAGAACAUGACUAAAGGAGAAAAAAAUGCAAUGUUAACUCAUCUAGGCACUUCACUGUGGAUUUCUUAUUACUAGAAUGAUAAUCCAACUUUAACAAGCUGAUAAUUCUUUUGUUUAACAAAAUUAGCGUUGCACCCUUUCAAUCAACUUUAUACAUACAUACAUACAAUCACGCCUAUAUCCCUUGCGGGGUAGACAGAGCCAACAGUUUAAAAAACAACAAAUUUAAUUUUAUUUUAUCUAUAUAUUUGCAAAUUAGAACAAAUUUAAUCAUGAUGUUUGGAAGUCAUUUUACAGAUGUUCCAUUCCAUUCAAAUAAUGAUCUUAAUUUAAUGCAAUAAAACACUCAGUCAUAAACUUUAAUAUUAACCCAAAUGUAACAGUUGUGUGGCGAAAUCUAUAAGUCACAAAAAUAAAAAAAUAAUAAAAUCACGCGACGCUUUCAAUCAAAAACAGCGAAAAUCGCACAAGCAAAGAUUUCACGGAUUGGAGCUAUAAAUACAACCUCCGACACAACAUCGUCUGUCGCGCGGUUCCCCAGGCGUCACACCAGCCUGGCGGAAGAUCUUCCCUUUGUGGCGGUCGAGCCGAAAUAUCGCUCCCGCUACAAGUUUAUGAUUGUGCGAAUACUUUAUUGUGUGCUGUAUUUUCAUACGUUUAAGAUUCUAUUUCGAAUGGAAGGAGGAAUUUGUUUCUUUCGCACACCUUUUCAGAAGAAUUGUGGGUCUAUUUUUUUUUUGUAUAUCUAUGGGUGCACCAUUUAUAUUUUUAAUGCUUAAGUCACUGUUUUUGUUAAUGAUAAAGUUAAAUUUAACGUAAUGCAAUACGCUGUAUAAGAAAUAAGAAGUACAAAUUUGGCUUUGGUAACUACUACCAUUCACGUCUAUAUCCCUUGCGGGGUAGACAGAGCCUACAGUCUUUUCAAUAAAAGACUGAAUGGCCACGUUCAGCUAUUUGGCUUUAAGAUAGAAUUGAGAUUCAAAUAGUGACAGGUUGCUAGCACAUCGCCUAAAACAAGAAUCCAAAUAUAAUGAGCAUAUC